GAGCCUACAGGAAGUAAGCUGAGGGUAAGUUUUUUUUAAGGAGAUGAUGUAGCGAUCAAAGCUAGCAAUAACAAGCUGCAGACAUAGCUAAUAGACCCCGGCCAGACAACUGAAAUGAUUCCCUCAGAAAGGUGUUCGUGUCAACGAUAAACGGGACCUACGCAGAGGACGAAAAACUGGCGAAAACAACGGCAAGCUGAGUAGCAUGCUGGACGUGGGGAAGUGGCCAGUGUUUGCACUCCUUCCUCCUGAGGAGCUCCGGCUCAUCCGGCAGGCUUGUGUCUUCGGCAGCGCUGCAAACGAGGCUCUCUAUGUCACAGUUAAUGACGAGGUCUUUGCUUUAGGCACCAACUGCAGCGGCUGUUUGGGGCUCGGAGACCUUCAAAGCACCAUUGAGCCGCGCAGGAUUGAUGUCUUGUGUGGAAAGAAGAUUGUGUCCCUGAGCUAUGGAACAGGACCACAUGUGGUUAUCGCCACUGCAGAUGGAGAGGUAUUUGCCUGGGGUCACAAUGGCUACAGCCAACUGGGAAAUGGGACCACCAACCACGGACUGACGCCCGCUUUGGUGUCCACAAACCUCCUGAGUAAGAGGGUGACGGAGGUGGCCUGUGGCUCCCACCACACUAUUGCCCUCACCACCGAUGGAGAGGUGUUUGCAUGGGGCUACAACAACUCCGGCCAAGUAGGUUCAGGGUCUACCGCCAAUCAGCCCACACCACGCCGGGUCAGCAGCUGUCUGCAGAACAAAGUGGUGGUCAACAUCGCCUGUGGACAGCUCUGCUCCAUGGCCGUGCUGGACAAUGGAGAGAUUUAUGGCUGGGGAUACAAUUGCAAUGGACAACUGGGUUUGGGCAACAAUGGAAAUCAACAGACACCAUGUAGGAUCGCUGCCCUCCAGGGUGUCAACAUAGUCCAGGUAGCUUGUGGAUAUGCGCACACGUUGGCGCUCACAGAUGAGGGCUUUGUUUACGCCUGGGGGGCCAACUCUUAUGGACAACUGGGAACAGGCAAUAAAAGCAACCAAGCCGUUCCCACUCCAAUAAACGCAGAUAAGGAGAGGAUGGUGGAGGUGGCUGCAUGUCACACCAGCCACACGUCAGCCGCCAAGACGCAGAGCGGACAGGUCCUGAUGUGGGGUCAGUGUCGGGGUCAGGCCGUGUCCAGCCCUCACCUCACCCACUUCAGCAGCACCGAUGACGUGUUCGCCUGCUUCGCCACGCCAGCAGUGACGUGGCAUCUCCUCUCAGUGGAUGGAGACGACUACCUGACCGUUGCACAGUCCUUGAAGAAGGAGUUUGACAGCCCGGAGAUUUCCGACUUGAAAUUCCUGGUUGAUGGGAAGUGCAUCCACGUUCACAAAGCCCUGCUGAAGAUCAGGUGUGAGCAUUUCCGUGCGCUGUUGAAUGAAACGGAUGAAGACUCCAUAGAAAUACACCAGUUUUCAUACCUGGUCUACAGAGCCUUCCUGGAGUAUCUCUACACAGACACUAUUAACUUGCCACCAGAGGAUGCUAUUGGGCUUUUAGACUUGGCUACAUUCUACAGAGAGACGAGACUAAAGAGGUUGUGUCAGGAAACGAUCAAGCGGGGUAUUUCUGAGGAGAACGCCAUCACUCUGCUCUCUGCAGCUGUCAAGUACGAGGCGCGGGACCUGGAGGAGUUCUGCUUCAAGUUUUGUGUCAACCACCUAACGGCUGUCACGCAGACCCAGGCCUUUGCAGACAUGGACCAUGACCUGCUCAAGAACUUCAUUAGCAAAGCCAGUCUCUACGGGGCCUUCAAAAACUGACUAGAACUGUAGUGAUGAAUUCAAGAGCAUGUGGUUUUAGCCCCAGAGGAGCCAACAGCCGGUCGGGCAGCUCCUGAAAGACCCGAAGAGGCAAAUGGUUUAAGGUUUCACCCGCUAACCGGGCCUCCUGUGUAUGUGCUAAACCUGGUCCAGACACAGCAGAGUGGGCUGGAAAUGUUGGGUGACUUUAAUCCAUUCACAAGCAGAGGCUGAACAGGAAGAUGUGCCACAGUAGUGUUCUGUUCUUUCCCUGUUACUGAUAACGGGGUCGGCCGAGUCUUUGUCGCCCUUUGUCUGUUCAAAUCUUUUAACACUCAAAAGCCAACCGGAGGCCUGAAUGCUUUACACUCCUCUAAAGAUUUAAUAGGUAAUUAUAUCUCAACAUAAAAAGCCAGCUAUGAAUCAACCUUUAAUACAGCGCUCAGAAUAUCCACACAUAUUAAAAGCGUCUUCUGUUUUUCUCUUUUUUUACGCUAACUCAAAGCUGAUACAGAUCCUUAGAUAAGAUAUAACUGUUAUAAAGCUAAUAAAUAAUGUCCACACUGAUUUGUUUCAUUCCCAUACUUUGGAUGCCUUGUUUGUCCAACUUUCUCCAGUGAGGAGUCUAUGAAAAAGUCAAACCAGUCUUCCUCCUCUGAAAUGUAACAGCACUGUAGUCCCUGUCUGAUAGAUGGUGAUUAACAUUUGGGCUGAUGAGAAAAGGUGUGUUUUGUUUCUCUAUUGUUGUUUUUGUUUCAAAGUGACUGCAUACUGCUGCAUACUGUGCAGGUCCUGCUGUUGAGGAUGUGUGUUGCUGGAAACGGGGCUUGACUCACACAAACAUGUUGAUUCUUGUGUUUCCUGCCAGUCACAGUUGCUCAUUUUUCACUUGAGUUUCCUUGGAAUUUGGUAUGUUUACAACUAUUUUUUUUACUAACCUAUAGGCAGCAAACUUUUUACAAGGGUUACUUUUUAUGUCUCCCCGAUCGCACCUUGCGGUAAUGAAAUAGUUCUUAGAUUGGUAUAAUUGCAAGCAGACUGCAUGUAAACCUCAUGUAGGACCUCGAGGUAUUACAAUCUUGACUUGGUCAUGAUAGAAUGUACCACAAAGCUUGUUUUAAUAGACCAGUUAGAGAUUUAGACAAAAAGACCAAAAAAAAAACGCUUGUUUUGUCAUUUUAUAUGGAAAAUGCUGUGAGCACAAAUGCUGACAUUUGACAAUGUUAUGUUCAUAUGUAACAUGGAAUAACCCCAUAUAUGAUUAUAAAUAUUAGAAUAAACC